AGAUUGUUAUAAUUAAGCAUACAGUAUAAUAACACAGCAGUAUUGAUUGGUUGACUUAGAUUUUUUUGGGGAACGGACAGCAAUGGAAUAAAUCCUAUAGCAGAUAUGAUUGCCUUAUAAAUCAAUAUCGCCAUCUACGACGAUGCAGGAUUUUGGUUACUUAUAUGUCAGUCAUAUGGACUGUUCCUGUAUGGAACUAGCCCUGGAGGGAGAGAGGCUAUGUAAGGCUGGAGACUGUCAGACAGGGGUCCAGUUUUUCGAAGCAGCUGUCCAGGCAGGGACAGAUGAUUUGAAAACUCUCAGUGCCAUAUACAGUCAGCUUGGCAAUGCUUAUUUCUACCUCCAGGAGUAUGGCAAGGCACUGGAUUAUCACAAAUUAGAUCUCACUUUGGCCAGAACCUUAGGAGAUAUGAUUGGUGAGGCCAAAGCCAGUGGCAAUUUAGGCAACACGCUCAAAGUUCUACAAAAGUUUGAUGAAGCUAUCGCCUGCUGCAACAGGCACUUAGAAAUAUCCAGACAGCUUUCAGAUAAGGUAGGAGAAGCGAGGGCUUUGUAUAACCUUGGUAAUGUUUAUCAUGCAAAAGGCAAACAUAUGGGGAAGUGUGGAGACCAAGAUCCAGGGGAAUUCCCUCUAGAGGUCAAGGAAGCCUUACAAAAAGCUGCUGAAUAUUAUGAAGAAAACCUACGAUUAGUUAAAGAACUUAGUGAUAAAGCUGCUCAAGGUCGAGCGUGUGGUAACCUUGGUAACACACAUUACUUGCUGGGUAACUUUAAAUUAGCAAUCCGUUACCACGAAGAAAGAUUGUCCAUUGCUAAAGAGUUUGGAGACAAGUCUGCAGAGAGAAGGGCCUACAGUAAUUUAGGAAAUGCUCACAUAUUUCUCAAUGAAUUUGAGACUGCCUGUGAUGAUUAUAGGAAAUCAUUACAGAUAGCCAAACAAUUAGGAGACAAAGCUUUAGAAGCCCAAGCUUGUUACAGUUUAGGCAAUACUUAUACAUUACUUAGAGACUAUGAAAAAGCUAUUGAAUAUCAUUUAAGACAUUUAGAGAUAGCACGCGAGUUAGAGGAUAGAGUAGGAGAAGGUCGUGCAUGCUGGAGUCUAGGAAAUGCACACAAGGCAUUGGGGCACCAUGAAGAGGCAUUACCAUAUGCAAAUAAACACUUACAGAUAUCAAGAGAGAUAGGAGAUGAAACUGGACAGUUAACUGCAGAAAUGAAUUUAGUUGAUUUACAAAAAGCUUUAGGUAUCACAGAUUUACAAGAUAUCAAACUACAAACCAAAGAUGAAACAGAUUUACCACUGUCAAGAAGGCCAUUUAGACGUCACAGUAUGGAAAAUAUGGAGUUGAUGAAAUUGACUCCAGACAAGAAGGCUGAGUUAAUGAAUGGUGGAGCGAGACCAAAAGUCCCUAAAUUUCAGAAGGCUGCAAGUGUAGCCACUGAGUCAGAUUUGUCACUUAACAACAGAAAUAAAGAGAAACUUCAGUCAAUACAACAAGUAUCUUUUGAUGAUGAAAGUUUCUUUGAUUUGUUGUCAAAAUUCCAAAGCAGAAGGCUCGAUGACCAACGAUGUUCAAUCCAAGUAGAACCUGUUACUCCGAGAACUGGUAUAGAUAAUAGUAAACGUGUAACAGUGUCCUCACCUGGUGCUCAAGAGUUUUUAGAUAUGGUAGCUGGUAUCCAGAGUUCUCGAAUGGAUGAUCAGCGAGCAGAUUUACGAUUCCCAGGAUUAAAUUCUCAGGAUGUGAUUGAUCAAAUUCUACAACAGAAAGAAGAAAAUGUCCCAGAUGAUAACUUCUUUGAAAUGUUAAUGCGAUGUCAGGGAACCAGAAUGGAGGAUCAGAGAAGCUCAAUCCCUGUUUCAAGGCCAGCUCCUACAGUACCAGAUGAAGACUUUUUCAGUUUAAUACAGAAAGUACAAUCCAGUAGAUUAGACGAACAAAGGACUCAAGCACCAAAACAACCACCCGAUCCAGGGAAGAAAAAUAGGAAAAAAUAAUUUAUUUUUACAUAAUUUGUUAUCAUCUUUUCAUUUGUUUUUUGUUGAUUUCAUCUUUGAAAAUGUAUCAUUGUAUCAAGGGCCUUUGAUAUACUUCCGGGUUCCCUUAAAAGUAAACGAAGGUCAUAUCAAGUGCUAAGAACAUGUAUCAUUGUAUCAAGGGCCUUCAUAUACUUCUGGGUCCUCCUAAAGUAAAUGAAGACCAUAUCAAGUGCUAGGAACAUGUAUCAUUGUAUCAAGGGCCUUCAUAUACUUCUGGGUCCU